AUGAUGCGGCUGUUCGUCACAGUGACUUGCCUGCUGGCCAUCGCCGGUGCGGCCAUCGCUGCCUCGGCUACGGGACAGCGUGUGCUUGCCGUUGUGGACAAGGAGCAUACGCACAGCUAUGAUGCGUACAUAACCUCGCUUCGGCAGCGUGGCUUCGAGGUCAGCGUCCAGGUGCCUGGGGAUGCGCAGGACGGCACCCUCUUUGAGUUUGGCGAGCGCAAGUUCGAUCACUUGCUCUUCCUUGCGCCGGAGAUCAAGCAGUUCCCCCGUGGCUUGACGACGCAUACCAUCGUCGAGUUUCUUCGCGAGGGCGGCAACAUGCUGGCGGGUUUGUCACCGCAACUGAGUGAAUCAUGGCGCGACUUCGCGCGCGAGUUUGGCCUGGAAUUUGGCGAACGCGGCACCAUGCUCGUGGACCACCUCGGUUACGACAAGACGGUGGACACGGGCAACCAUGCUGCUGUGUUGGUUGGAGGAUAUCGCGACCAGCUAGGGGCUGGAGGAAUUGCCGACGAGGCCGGGGGCGUGUUUUCUGACGAGACGCGCGCGAUCAAGGAGGCACUCGUAUACCGCGGUAUCGCGCACUGGGUCGGCCCGAAUCCCCUUGCCUUCCCGCUCCUGCUGCCUCCGACGACGUCGUACCAGACGGACCCACCGUUGAUCACAGCCUCCCCCGACGGUGCCUGGAGCGCCUCGAAUGUAGGGAAGCUCGAGGCUCUCUACUCGCAGUCCGAUCUGCUAACGGGCGCCGAUGCGCACACGCCUGAUGCGAGGGCUUCGCUGGCGACAGCCAUCCAGCUGCGCGACAACUCGGCGCGCGUGGUGUUUGUUGGCAGUACGGAGCUCUUUGGUGACUUGUACAGGGACGCGGCGCGCCCGCUCCAGCGCGCCUUUGUGAAUGACAUUACGUCGUGGGCGUUCCAGGAGCGCGGUGUGCUGCGAGUUACGCGCACGGCGCACCAGCGCCUUCGCGCCCACGAGCACGACGUGCGUCCCGACUACGAGGAAAGCGAGCACACAUCGAGCAUGUAUCGCAUUAAGGACACAGUGUCGUACUCGAUCGGAGUUACUAUGUUUGAUGGACAAACUUGGGGACCGGCACCUAGCGAUCUCGGCCUCCAACUGUCGGCCGUGAUGCUCGACCCGUAUGUCACGGUGCCGCUCGUGCCUCACCGGGGGGCGAACGCGACCGUGUACGAGGCGGACCUCCGGCUCCCUGACAGGCACGGGGUGUUCACGCUGCGUGUGAACUGGAAGCGACGCGGCUGGUCGUACGUGAUGGCGGACGAUGUGGUGCCUGUGCGACCCUUCAACCACGACGAGUACCCCCGCAUGCUUAGCAGCUCCUGGCCCUACGUGGCAGGUGCGUUCUCGACCAUGCUCGGUUUUGCAGCGUUUGUCUAUCUGUGGCUGACGAUGCCAGCCGAAAAGCUCGCGUCCAAGACAUCGUAG